UGAUUAAAAAAUGAAUAUAUUGAUGAUUAUGAAAAUGAUGUAUAUUGUUAAGGAUAUCUAGAAGAACUCUAAGAUAUACCCACUUGGAAAAUUGAUGAUGAUUAUUAAGGAUAUCUAGAAGAACUCUAAGAUAUACCUCCUUGGCCAAUUAAUAUUUCGGGGUUAAAACGUACGUACGGGAUCCAGAACGGAUAUCACCCACCCGACAGUUCACUGUUCGGUUGGGCAUGCUUUCCCAUCGCUGGGUAAGGGCAUGCUUUCCCAUCGCUGGGUUCCCUCGUCAUCAAGAAAUUCCACAAAUUUAUGAAGAAGGAAUUUGAGCGCAAAGGAAGAAAGCACGACGGUCCCCCAAAGUGCUAUGGCUGUGGUGAGAUAGGCCACAUCAAGCCGAGGUGUCCAAAAGGCAAAAGCGGCAAGGACAAACCUGGCUUCAAAAAGCAACGCGCCUACAUCUCAUGGGGUGGCGACUCCAGGGAUGAGUCAAUGGAUCAAGAAGAGGAAGAAGCCGCCAACCUCUGUCUCAUGGCACACGAAGACCACGUCAACGAAGUACAAGAGAGCAAGGCCUCCAAGAAGAAGACCAACAUCGAAGCUACGACCUCUGCGCCCCAGCCGUUUCCCUAUCUAGACGGCUCAUUUAUUGAGUUCGGGUCGGAGGAAGAACUCGCACGCUUCCUCACUCACUUCGCCAAGCGCCCAAUCUCUCCGCCUCGCGUGCUCCCGGAGUUGUUUCCCCAAGACAAAGGGUACCACGACCUCGACAACCAACUCCAAGCAUCGGGUUUGUGGCCAUUCGUCUCCAAGAGCCGCUCGAGCUUCAAUCCCGCCUUCGUCCGGGCCUUCUACUCCAAUCUCCACCGUGACGGGGACACCAUACGCAGCAGCAUCAAUCUCUACGACAUAGAGAUUGAUUUGCCUACCUUUGCUCGGGUCGCAGGGCUGCCCAUCCGUGGUGACGACAUCGCGACUUAUGGUGGCGACGAUAGGAUCCUCAACAACGAAGCGGUCGUCAUUCGUGAGCUUGGGAUCACCAACUUGAUCCGCCACAGUGGCGCGCCGACAAUUCACUCGGCCCCACCGGACAAGCGCCUCCUCCUCUAUAUCAUCACCCGGAUUCUCCGCCCCCAGGACAGCAGCCAUACCUCGCUCUUCAACGAGGACUUGAAGGCGAUUCACGCCAUCAUCAACGGCGCCUCCAUCAAUUGGGCGAAAUUCGUGAUGAUCCACAUGGCGGAUUGUGCCUCCAUCGCCCCUGAGCGGAGCUUUUCAUACGCCUUCCUCAUCAUGGACCUCAUCAUCUCCGCCGACAUCUCCAUCGCCGGCCCAGAUACGAAGAUGACGAAGAUUUGGAUCAUUCAAGACAGCACCUUCCGGAAGAAGUCCGGAGACCGGGACGGCGCAGCCCCAAGUCGUGCACCAGCCCCCGCUCCCGCCAAGGCCUCUUUGCAAUCCAUAGCCGAUACUCUGAAUCGGCUAACCCUCACAGUGGAUGGCAUGGGGCAGUCAAUCGAGCGGAUGGACUGGACGUUGCAACGCCAACACCACGACAUGAUGGCAUACUUCCGUGGCGUCAACUACGUUCCGCCACCUUUCGACAGCACCAUUCUCGGCCAAAACUUUGAAGGCGAGGAUGAGGACGACGACUCCUACGCUCCGUCCUCCUCCCCCGACGAGGCCGACUUUGAAGAUGCGGUCGAUGGCGAUCCCAUGGACGUCGAGGAUGACGAGGAUGACGACGAGGAUGCAAACGCUGACUCCUAGAAUCUUCUUUCUUUUAAUAUGAUUGUAUUUUUUUAAUUAUUCCCAUUCCGUUGUAUUCCACAUUUCCCUUUUAAUAAAUAAAAAUUACUUUUAAAUCUUUUUGUUAAUGACAAAAGGGGGAAGAUAUAAAGGUUAUGCAUUAAU